AAAAUAGGAGAAAGUAGGACCUAAGACUUUGUACAGUUAUGCUCAAUUUUCCAACACUCUCAACAAUAUCCUAAUUCUAUAUUCAAAGUCUACCCAUUUUACAUCAACUUUGAUUCCCUCUUUUUCUUCUCCUCCACUUUCUUCAUUCUCCAUUUCAUUGACAAAGUUCAUGUUCUUUCUCCCCCUAAAACCAUGAUCCACCUCGAGCAUGCCGCCACUUAUGACAUCCUAAUGACCUUCCUCUCUUCAUUCCUUGUCAUCUUGUUCUUAAUUCUUCUCGUCCUAAUAUGCCGCAACAAAAGACCACCCAUCGAGUCCGAAGAAUCUCCUCCAAUCAACCAGCUUUCCGCUCGUCAAUAUUCCUUAAUGGAAGUUGACAUGGCGACAGACGGUUUCAACCCCACAAGAGUCAUCGGUCGAGGCCGUCUUGGUAUUGUUUACGCCGGCAUCUCUCCAAAUGGAGAUCUCAUAGCCGUGAAAAGAAUCCAUCCCAAUCUUGUCCUGAGCAACGCGAGCAUAGGUUUCUCUACCACUCUCAAAUGGCUAUCCUUGUCACACCAUCCAAACAUAGUACAAAUCAAAGGAUUUUCCGAAGCCCCGGGGGAGAGAAUUGUCUUGACGGAGUUCGUUGGCAUGUUAAAUCUCGAAUAUUAUCUUCACGAAAACCACGACGGGGUUUCUCUCCUUGGAUGGAGCCGAAGGCUGAGCGUGGCGGCGGGGGUGGCACGCGGGAUCGAGUAUUUGCAUGAGUCGAUGGCGCCGAGUAUAGUACACGGGUGCAUCAAGCCUUCGAAUAUACUAAUCGACGCGAAAUUUGGAGCUAGGGUUUGUGACUAUGGGAUGUGGUUCAUGGCCCCGGCUAGGGUUGAAUUAGGGUAUGUAGAUAGGGAAUGUUUGGUUGAGAAAAAGAGGGUUUCGAAGGAAUGCGAUGUGUAUGGACUAGGGGUGGUCAUGCUGGAGAUUUUAAGCGGGAGGAGGAGUGAAGGGGGCGUGCUGGUGGAAUGGGCAUUGCCAUUGAUAAAAGAAAUGAGGUUUAAUGAAUUGUUGGAUAGAAGAUUGGGUAUGCCAUCGGAGAUGAAGGUGUUUGUUAGGUUGGCUAAGGUUGCAUCGGCUUGUGUGGGGAAUUCUAGGAAGAACAGACCGUCUAUUGCCCAUGUCUCGGCUAUUUUGAACAACCUAGAACAAAACCAAGAACAAAAACAAGGGUUUUUGUGAAUCAUGAGUUGAGGCUAUGGGGAAUAUGAUUGAAUUAAGUUUUAUAUUGAAUUUAUUUAUCAUAAUUAAUUCAUUUUAAAUUAGGGUGUUGUUUUU